AUGGGCUCUGCCCAAACUUUGGGAAGGAAAAGGAGAAGCGGGACAGGAAACGGAGGCGAGCGGGUGGUUAACGCUUUGGUGCCUGCCCGGGUCGGGCGGGUCGCGGCAGAGCCGCGCAUCACCCGCGCCGGGCAUCAGACCUGUCGGGUAUCACCCCUGACGGGCAUCACCCCCGACGGGCAUCACCCCCGGGCCGCCCGGCCCCGAGGGGCUGCACUGGGCUCUGGAUGGGGAGCGGCUCUACGUCCUCCCGGGUUCAAUGUGGGGCUGGAGCACCGGGGGCCCCUGGCCCAGCUCUGCACCACCGACCCACGGGAGACACCAGCCCGCUGCCUGAUCCUGCUGGCAAAGGAUAGGACACCCUAUGGUAGCAGAGCCAGGGAUGUCAGACAGCAGGCGCUGCCUCUCUUCCCAGUUUCCCCCAGUGUCGAUGUGAGCGCUAACCAGACGAGCCCCGUUGAGGUGAACAAGACCAUGAAAUUCACCUGCCACGUGAAGAGGUUUUACCCAGCAACUGUGGCUGUUUCCUGGCUGGAGAACGGGGUGAAGAUAAAGGAGGAGAAGGACUCCCAGCCGCCGGUGUUCCAGCAGGGCUUGUUGGAGCUGAGGAGCCAGCUGGAGGUGCAAGCGACAGAAGAGAAGAAUGGGUCCAUGUUCACCUGCCUGGUGGUCCACGAUGCUCAGGCCCCUGUCAACCAGUCAGCCAUCCUGUGGAUCGCCAGCCCGGACCAGCAGGGACUGAGCAAGGGGUCCCAGAUAUACAGUGGUGCGUCAGAGCUGCUGGGUGGGGUGCCUGCCAGGGUGGCUGUAUGGUGUAACCCCCUGAGAAAGCUCAAAGUCCCAGAAAAGUCUCCUUGUGGGGGGAUGGAAUGCCUGUCUUUGAGCUCUGGUUGCUCACAUCCUUUUUCCCCACUGCAGGUGUGA